AUGUGGAGUCACCGAAACCCUCAAGGCAACACCAAUAGGCAAGCCGGAGGAAGCAAGGGUUUCGCCAAAACCCAAAAGGUCUUUGUCCCCAAAAAUCAAGGCCAGAAUCGUCCCAGAAGCCCUAAAUCCCCAAAUUCCACUCUCUCUGCCUCUCUUCGGCAAUCACUGUCCCAGCCGUCCAAUGCCGAAGUUUCAAGUGCUACUGCUUCUGCGCCGCCGGAGAGUAGUAGUAGUAGUAGUAGGGUUCGGAUGGGAGAGAGAGGCGAGUGGGUGUCGACCAAGGGAAAUUUUGUGAAUUACUUGCCCCAAGAUGAGGCGGUUUCCGCUAGCCUAGGCGCCGAUGAAGGUGGAUUAGAUGCCGUAGAGUCUCAGAGAGUCGUCGAUCUUCUCAAUAGAGAGCUUUCUCGAUUGCUCAAGCUAAACCCUAAGGAAUUUUGGAAACAAGAUGUUUCAAAAAAGAAGAAGAAAAAUAAGAGCAAGAAAAAAAAAUCACAGGCAGAGCAUACUGAUCCACAAUCUUUAAGUGGGCAAACUGAUCCACAAUCUACCACUAGGCAAACUGCUCCACAAUCUACAAGUAGGCAAACUGAUCCACCAUCCAUUCCUCUUAUUGAUCUGUUCCCACAUGGGGAGUUUCCUGAGGGCGAAAUUCAACAAUACAGAGAUGACAACUUGUGGAGGACUACUUCUGAAGAGAAGAGGGAGUUGGAGAGCCUUGAAAAACUAUUAUAUAAUUCAGUUCGUCGAGCUGCAGAAGUUCGUCGCCAGGUACGGAAAUACAUCAGAGGGAUUUUAAAGCCUGGAAUGUUGAUGACUGAUUUGUGUGAGACUUUGGAGAACACAGUCUGUAAGUUAAUAUCCGAGAAUGGCCUGGAAGCAGGCAUUGCAUUCCCCACAGGAUGCUCUAUGAAUUGGAGUCUAGAAUUGAUGUGCGUCUUUGUGAUGUUGGUGCUGCAAUCCAAGAAGUCAUGGAAUCAUAUGAGGUUGAAAUAAAUGGGAAGGUGUAUCAAGGGACUUUUUGAACUGACUGCCUGUGGCUUUUUCUUAGGG